AUAGGGGAGAAGAUGUGAGGCAGCCCCGGCCCCCCGCUGCUGGGGCCGCGGCCAAUAAGACGCGCCGGGGGAGGCGGCGGCAGCGGGCUGGGGUUCCGUGUGGAAAGAAUAGGGGGCUCGGGUGCAAAGUUUCGUUUCAAACCGUCUGCAAAGAGCGGCCGAGGAGGGGGAGUUGGAGAGCGACGGGCCGCCGCAGCGGACCGACCGCGCCCCGCUCAGCCCGGCUCGCGCCGCCGCCCUCCGCUCGUCGUUCGCGGCAGUUGUUGCCCCGCCAGGACUUUGGACCAAAACAAGAAAAGGAACAGAAGCCUCCAUAUUCAAGCACAGUGCAGAUAAUUUACAGAUAGCCAGAAGAGCCUCAUCUUCCAGACAGCCAAGCAGAAAGACCACAGAGUGUUUGAAGAGCACUAUUGCUUAGGUUCUCAGACUGUGAAAGGAAUCAGAUCCCAUGUUGGCAGCACAUUGUACUGGAAGCACUGUGCUAAUGGACUCUGGAGACAGCUCACAAACUGUAGGACAGGAACAACGUGAUAAUGUGAACAUCUGCUCUUUGGUGACAGGUAAAAGAACUGGGCAAGCAUGUCGCUGGCUUCCUGGUUCAGGUGGAAUGAGCCACCGAGCCGGAUUUCCCAAAGGAACCCCACAGAGAUGGUGGUGGAGACACUAAUGAUGGAACUAGGCUGGCAGCUCAAGCAGGCAGAGAAACAGCAACGAGAGCGAGAGAAUGAAUAUCGCAAGAUAAAGACGGGCGUGGACUACGGCUGGCUGGUUAGCUACCCAAAGCCUAAGCACAGCUAUGACAUCAGCCCAGGGGAGCGGCUGCAGCUGGAGGACAUGUGCACCAAGAUACAUCCCUCCUACUGUGGGCCAGUCCUACUCAGAUUCCGGCAACUUAUUGCUGAAUACGAGCCAGAGGUACAGGAAGUAGCCCGGCUCUUCCGCUCUGUCCUGCAGGAAGCCACUGAGAAAAUCAAAGAGGAAGAAGAGGCCAAGAAGCUUGCGAGGCAGUGGAACACAAAGCACAAAACCAGCCUGUCUCUAAUGACAUUUAAAUCCCGGACCAGGAUUUCCCCAUUCAGCAGCAACAUCAAGACCAUUUCAGAGGACGUGGAGCGAGGCACUGAGCCAACCAGAAGAGUAUGGAGUAUGCCGGAGUUUAGGAGUGCCAAGGAUUACUGACUAUUAAUAACCAGAAUGAGAUUUGAGAGAGAGCUGGUUUGGUUUUUAAAGAAUGAGUUAACCACUAUCUAGCCAUGUAUUAUUUCACCUUCAUCCCAGUUCUCUCUCUUUCUGUCCGCCUCUGUCUGUCUCUCUCCUGGGAGCUGUGGCUAUAGUGACAGAUGGUGAUGCACAUAGUCUCUGUCACCUAUCAUGUUAGCUUUGGCUAUAAUUUAGUGGUUUACAGUAACUUCAUGGUCAUUUCUUAUUUCAGUUUUAUUGUUUCUGCUCAUUGGAGAACAGUUUGGUGCAUGGUGCAUUACCACCACCCUCCCAGCCUUCUACAUGGCUGUCUGCAAAUGCAGUGCACCCAACCAUGUGAGACUUGUAGCCCCAUGGCAUUAAAUGGGAUUACUCGUGUGAACGUGCAUCAGUAAGGGUUGCAGGAUCUGACCCACUAACUCAGGGUCCCUGAUUUAGCUGUUUGAGACAGACACUAAACUCUAUUCAUCUCAGUUCUAUAGCGAAGCCUCUUAAAUCAACACUGAUUCCAGCAUAUUUCCACUCAGUUUGAUGUAAAAUAAUCUGUCUCUUCAUGCAAAAUAGAUGACAAACUUCCUAGAAUGUGGGUCACAUUUUCCAUAGCAGCCGAUUUUUGCAUAGAAUUGUGGAUGCUCAGUUUUAUGCAUGCACACUUUUUUGCGUGUGCAGGUCAGUCAGAUGUCGAACUACCAGCUUUGCAGACACAUGCUGUCUGCAUGCACAAACAUAGACUCUGGCACGUGUAGAUACUGCACACAUACAAGGCUGUGUGUGCACAUUUGAGGCUCCAUUAAAAUCCUCCGAGUCCCUCUUAAUUUUCAUUUUUGUUGCAAGGAGAGAUUAGGUUAUAAACCCAAGUAUUAAAACCCAACUGGAUCAAAACUGUCUCAUAUUGAGACUCCCAGGCAAUUCCAGUAAGUGCUGCAGCUCAUAUUCCAUUUAAUAAGUAGAUGCAUUGAAAUGACUGGCAAGGCUGAGUCUGAAAGCAGAUUACUGGAGUAUAUAACCAGGGGGGGAAAAAUCAGUAUUCACAUAUAGGGAUCUUUCUAUGUCCCAGAGUGUUAGAGGUCAUUCCAACAAAUUGCUGACGUGAUUUAUUUCCGCUGUAGGGAAAGAAUGUAGGUUCAUUUCAUAAUCUUUUUGUCCUGGAUAUUAAGAAGAGAGCUUUUCUGUAUAUAACGGGUUGAUGGCCAGUGAGGCAAUAAAUCUUUUCAAGGGGAAAAAAAAAUCUCAGACUAUAGCAAAAUAGAAGUUCUGAAAUUGGCCCUUUGAAGAUGCAGGAAAACGCCAAUGUAGAUUUCUGAGUGGGCCCAACCUGCCAUCCUUAGGGAGACCUCCUAGUGGAAGGACUGGCUCUGCUGUCUGAAAAGUCUCUGAUGCUGCAUCAGUGCUAACGCUUAACAUCUAGGGGCUCUUCAGCCAGUGGGAAAACUCCUAGGCAAGGACAUAAGGGAAAGAGUCUCCCUGCAAGCUUUGCCUAGGGCGGUUUGACCCAGCUCAGCAUGAUGGAAGGAGGGUUUGCCCCACUCCCAGAACCUGCUCAUCACCAGAUAUUGGCUGGAGGUGAAGCUUAUUCACACAAGGGCCCUGUGUCGCUGGACUCUCCGUUUGCCCUCCAGCCCACUCCCUGGCAGUGGGGUUUCCCACACUGGCACAUGGCCCCAGAACUCCUUCUCUGGGGUGGGCAGCACCCUAUGGGUACCCUGGAGAAGGCAAUGCAGUCUCAGGCUAUGUUAACUCAGGUAGCUUUACCAUGAGCUAUGACAACACUCAUGCCCCUUGCUCAACCUCUCCCUGUAUAAAUACAUACAGAACCUCGCACUGCCUCCUGAGGACCCCCCUGGAGCACAGGGCAGGGAGGAAAACUCCCUCAGAAACAGCUGGUUCCCACCACCACCACCCCCUGCAGGAUGGUUAGUGGAGUGGCCCUGUGUGCAGUGGCCCUUCCAUGGAUGGGUCCUGGGGAAACAAUCCACCCAUUAGCCUAUUAGAAGGGCUACACUGAGCUAGUGAGCAAUUCUGGCUCACAUUUACUAUUGGCAAAACCAGGCGCAGCUUCAGCCAGGUCCUUAGGGUCAUGGCUGCAUACAGCAAGGGCACGUUUGGCCCUUUAGCUGGCGUUAGUCCAGCUUUAAAAGGAACAAUUGAAGCAGAAACCUGAAUUUUUCUUAGGGAGUAAUUUGUACUGUGAUAACGUUAGUACCAGAAUAGCUUGUUUUGUUCAUGGGGGAAGGGGGUCGUGGCUUGUUUCGUUCCAGGGGGAGGGUUACUAUAUUGGUACAAAGUGCAGCUUUGCUGGUAAAGUGGGUAGACCCCACGCUAGGAGAGCUUUGCUGGUGUAGUAGACUGGUAUUCCUAUACCGGUAAAGUGCUCCUAGUGUGGACGUAGCCUCAGGUGGAAGGGGGGCGGGGGCGUGUGGAUAUUAUAAAAAGCAGCUUUUGCUAGCUGUAGCGUGAGUUUCACAGGCUGUUUUUGGGCCACUCGUUCAAGGGUCUGGGAUGGCCCAGGGGAAGGACCGUGUGGUGCUAGGUCUGACUUCUGCGGCAUAGAAUUAGAACAUGAAUGGUGUGGCUGACUAGAAUAAGAGACGUUUUUGUGCCCUCGACCCAUCUUCCAUCGCUUCAGGAAACUCUUGUGCUCUCCCAGAGUUCUGGCUAUAGCUUUGCCAUGCUGUCUGCUGAGAGAGGGGGCAGCUAAUCCAAACCCUGCUGCACUGGGUGCCGGAAGAGAGCAGUUUGGAGUGCAUGGGUCACAGACCUUCUUCUCUCACAGGCACAGAGACAGCGUCAAAUAUGGCUGCAGUGGUCACUUGAGCACUAGGCAGAGAAAGUAAGGGCGGGGGGAACACUUCAGCCAAGCAGCAACACUCUGAGGUGGACUGGGCAGCCCUCUUGGGACAAUGGCUACCUUCCUGACUGCUCUACAUGAAAAGGGCCUGGCCUGCCAAACCCUUACUCACAUGCUCAAAGCCACUGACGUUGGUCCCGCGGUGCUGUGGGCAGUCGACGAGAAGGGAAAGCACACGGCGCAAGCUGCCUGGUGCAUGCAGCAUUUCUCCAGGACCCUCCACUCAGCUGCUCCUCCUACAUCAGCGCACCACAUGCCCAAAUCACAGGCUAAAAGCAGAGCUGGGGGAGGGCAACAGAAACUAAGGCCAGGACCAAAUCUUCAGCAGCUGCCCAAGCAUGUGCUGGAAUAGCUCCUACACUACAUCCACUCUACGUGAACCACGCUGGGCUGAGUAUUCGGGCUAGACACCCACUUUUGAACGGUGCUGGAAAUGCUGAUCUCUUAUUAGACGCAUGGCCCUCCUAGAGAGAGAGAGCACAGAGGCUCUGGCUCUGUUAAUGAAACUCAGGACUUCCAAAAAUGAGAUCCAGUUUGAGCUGGGCUGCUUCCACUCGGGGUCAGAGAGAGCUGAAAAUCUGACAAGCAAAUCAUUGGUUCAUGGCUUGGUGUUCUGUGUGUAGUUACAUGUGACAGUGCAUGUUUGUUCGUUUGUUUUAAGAUAUAAAUGUUGAGGACAGAAUUAGCUUGGUCUUAGCUCUCUGGUAUGUGUGCACUCACUGGAGAGGGAACAAGAAAACCUAACAGAAAAGCACUAAUCCAAACACUUAAAAAACCCUAUGAUCAACUUUUGUAUGUUUUAGCAAAAACCCCUAUUGUAUUAAAUGCUCUUGGAUUGCA